AUGGUAUACUUCUUCCAGGCCAAGGUGCAAACCGAGGCAGAUGACUUUGCUCUAACUGAUGAGGAUUCAAAGUACGUCAUCUACAUGGGUAGAGACAAGGUGGAAAAUGAUAUCCUCUUAAAGAAAUCCCACCCAAAAAAUAUCUGGUUCCAUGUCGAUAAGCAUAGCUCUGCUCAUUUGUAUGUACAGCUAAGUGUCGAACAACAAGCCCAGAAUUUCGAGGACUUAAAGCUUGAAGACGAUCUUCUCACUCAAAUUGGUCAACUCACCAAAGCCAACUCUAUCAAGGCCAAUAAGCUCAAUAACAUCUCCAUAAUUUACACGCCUGUCGAUAACUUACGAUCUGAUGGGUCCAUGGACAUUGGUACUGUCACAUUCAUCAAUCCGAAGAAGGUGAAGCGUAUACAUGUUGCUAAGAAGGAGAAUCCCAUCUUGAACAAGCUUAAUAAGACGAAAACAGAAGUAAGUACCGAGCAGUUUUCCAAAGAGCAAGACGAGCUCAUGAAGAAUUGGAAAAGACAAAAAAAGGAUUUGGAGAGACAGAUGGAGCAAGAAAAGUUAGAAUUGGCCAAGAGAUUCGAGGAGGAGAAGAAGACAAAAGAAGAUCCUUAUGCAAGCUUAUUCUCAGAAGAGAACCUUCGAGCGAGUAGUAACGAGUUUCGUAACGAGAACUGGGUUGAAGAAGAGUUUUGGUAA